GAAUUAUUUCCCCCCUUUUAAAAGUAUAAACCAUCCGAAUUCGAUUUGUGAUUGAAUGUGGUGGCCAGUGAGCGCCAUUCUCGAAACCCUUAUUUAACCCACCGCAAUUAAUUUCGUCCUUCCCUUGGAGGUUUUUACCGGAAGAACUCGAAAGUGCUGAACUGCUCGUUUUGAAACUAGACUAGAAGCAUAGAAUGCCUAAAAGGUUCGGAAAGCGAAAGGAAAACGACGGCUCUGCGUCUGAAGGCGAUGACCAUCCUAAGAAGAUUACCAAGACCAACGAUUCCGAUGAAUCCGACGACAUCGUGGUGUGCGAGAUUUCGAAGAAUCGCAGGGUUUCUGUGAGGAACUGGCAGGGGAAGGCUGUAGUUGACAUCCGCGAGUUCUAUUUGAAAGACGGAAAACAGCUGCCAGGGAAAAAAGGCAUUUCAUUAACCAAGGAUCAGUGGAAUGUACUUCGUGAACAUGUGGAAGAAAUUGACAAGGCGAUGGCAAAAGGAUGACAAAAAAAUAUCAGUAGCAAGUUGCUCAUUAUAUUUUGGAUGAUGAAAAAAGGAGGAAAUCAAUCUUAUUGCAGGAAUCAAAAAAAUUUAGGCAUUUCAUAUGGGUGGAAUGAUGUAAGUUGUUGCAUUUUGACUACAGUAUGUGGGUGGGAGUCCCUUAAACCCAGUAGUAUCUCUUUUUGUUUAGCAAUAUAAGUCAUUCUAGUAUCCAGCUGUCGUUAUGUCCUUGUUUUUGUGGUUUGAUAUGGUAGCUGCAAUCCCUGCAAAUGGUUCGGUAACUUCCGCUAACCGAAUGGUUGAAAAUUACUUUUGCGGUUUGGCCAAAAUGAGCCGUGUAGCAUUUCGUAAACUGUGUUUUUUGGGCAAUUGUGGGUUGGUUAGCACUAAGUUACUAGUUAUUAACAAUUAUUGAGAAAUGUAUUUAUGUAGAAGUGUAGAACACACAAUUGUA